AUAACUCUUAUCAAUGAAUAAAUAGAAAAUAAAAUUUAUAUCAAUUAUAUGAAUCUUCAUCCAAUUCCUGAAGCCUUAUGCGAGACUGAUCAACAAGAGUUGAUUGAUAAAUUACGGAUAAAAAAUAGCUUAUUAGAAAAAAGAUGCAAUUUCUAUAAAAGAAGAAGAGAAUUACUAAUACUCUAAAUACAAUAAGCUGAAAAGGCAAAUAAAUUAUCAGAAUCUAAAGUCUCAGUAUUAUCUGCUAAUUGCAAUCUUUCAACUAUGCCUGAUGAAAAUGAUUUGAUCUAAAAAUAUCAAGAAGAAUUGUAAAUGAAAGAUGCUUUAAUUUUCGAACUAAAAGAAACAGUAUCAACACUUGAAAAUAAAAUAAACAAUUUAUAAGCUUGUAAUGAUGAAAUGUAGUAUCAAUUAUCAAAGUAGCAGCAAGAAUUUGUUCGAAGUGAUAAAGUUAGUCAAUCAGGUAUUUAAUCAAAUUAUCACUAUAAUAGUUAUAAUUGAAAAAUCUACUAGCCAGGCAGAAAAAGCAAUGGCAGUGAUUGACAAAUUUGUCUAGCCAAUUUCUACAAGUUCUUUUAAAUCUACUGAUGGACAACCUCAAUCAGCUGCAGAUAAGAGAAAAUUGAUAAAGAGACUGAGCAUGAAUGCAGGAGCUUCUGCUUAUAUGAUGGCAAUGAAAGGAGAUUAUACUACCUUAUAGAAUGCCUCAGAAGAACUUCAAAGUAAUAAAAGCUUAGAACAAUCAUGA